UAUUUGGAUCACCACUAGACCACUUCCAUUUUGUACCUCAAAAAGUACCAAAUCCCCUCCUUAUUUUUCUCUGUUUUUUCUUGGUAGUCUUUUUCUUCUUACCAUUCUUGUAAUAAUAAUAGUAAUAUUUUCAUGGUAUUUCUUUUUUUUAGAAUCCUUUUGACCAUUUUCUCACAACCCAAACAUAAUAUUUAUUUUUUUUAAAUUAUAUUUUUUAACAAUGAUACAAAAAAGUUCUUGAUUUUUUUUUAUAAAGGGUGUUUCUUUUUAGCCUUUGUUUCAAUGUUGUUGUUGUUUUUCCUUUUUGGGUUUUUCUAGUUUGUGUUCUUUUUCUUGUUAGGACAAAAACUAGUAAAAGCCCUUUAUGUCCUUGUCUGAAAGUAGAAGGAACAUGGGGUUUGAUGAUAAUAAGGUAGAUAUGUCUGAGGGCAAUAAGGGAAUUGUUGUUGAUUCUGACAUUGAGAUUGAGAAUGGUAAUGGUGGUAAUGAGAAUAGGGUGAAUAGGCAAAUGAGUGAAAGUUCAAUGUAUACAACUGAUCAAGAAGAGGAUGAUGAUGAAGCUAAUAACAAGAUUGAGUUAGGUCCUCAAUGUACACUCAAAGAACAAUUUGAAAAGGAUAAGGAUGAUGAGAGUUUGAGAAGGUGGAAGGAGCAGCUCCUUGGAAGUGUGGAUAUCAAUGCUGUUGGAGAAUCCCUGGAUCCAGAAGUGAAGAUCUUGAGCCUUGCAAUUAAGUCGCCCGGUAGAUCUGAUAUCGUUCUCCCUAUCCCGGACGAUGGAAAUCCCAAGAGCCCAUGGUUUGUUCUGAAAGAAGGGAGCAAAUACAGCCUAAAAUUUACGUUCCAGGUCAACAAUAACAUAGUGACAGGUCUUAAAUACACAAACACAGUUUGGAAAACCGGUAUCAAAGUGGACAGCACGAAACAGAUGAUUGGGGCGUUUAGUCCUCAGCUAGAGCCUUAUACACACGAAAUGCCAGAAGAGACCACCCCUUCUGGCAUUUUUGCAAGAGGAUCUUACUCGGCAAGGACAAAGUUUCUUGAUGACGAUAACAAGUGCUAUUUGGAGAUCAACUACACAUUCGAAAUCAAGAAAGAGUGGCAGGAAAAAUGAACAACAAACGGCGCCAUGACAUGAAUCGUUGCCCCCAUACUAAUUUUUCUUUUCGUUCUUCGUAAUUAUCUCAAUCUUUUUCCUGCUAGUUUUUUUCAGAAGAGAAAAAGGAAGGGGGAAAAGAGAGAAAAGUGAAAACAACUUGCUGCAAUUUACUAUAAGAUCAAAAGCUCUCUCUUUUUCGCCUUUCUCUCUAUCAAGUUUCAUGUGCAUAAAUGUGCUUUUUGAAUGUUGUAAAACUGUGAAGAAGUCUUUUCAAGAAUCAAUAGAUAUUUUGUUCAUCAAA